GCAGAGUUAAACGGGGAAGAUAUUUCCGGGUUUACCACGAAGCCGUUGGUGAUAAUGGUCUCGACUUCGUUGGAUCCAGUUUCUUUUCUGCCCCAGCGCAGCCGGAGUUGUGGGAUCUGAACGUGUUAGGCCUUCUGGCACCGACCUCUCAAGGGAUCAUCUUCAGGGGCUCUUCAGUUCUUAGCAUGGCGGAGAUCUGCUUUCUUGCUGCCCCGCUGAAGUCCCAUGGCCUAAACAAAUGAAUAUUUUUAUGAGGCAACUCAGUACAGAAAUGGGCCAGGACCAAACCAAGCAACAGAUAGAGAAAGGACUGAAGUUGUACCAGUCCAACCAGACUGACAAAGCUUUGCAAGUGUGGACGAAAGUAUUAGAGAAAACCUCCGAUCCCGGUGGGAAGUUUCGGGUUUUGGGAUGCUUGAUCACUGCUCACUCGGAAAUGGGGAAAUAUAAAGAUAUGCUCAAGUACGCCUUGGAUCAGAUCGACACAGCCAGAGAAAUGGAAGACCCCGACUACCUGACCGAGGGCUACCUGAACUUGGCGCGCAGCAACGAGAAGCUGUGCGACUUCCACAAAACGGUCUCGUACUGUAAGACAUGCUUGAAUAUGCAGGGCACCACAGUCAGCCUGCAGCUCAACGGUCAGGUAUGUCUGAGCAUGGGCAACGCCUUCCUGGGCCUUAGCCUCUUCCAGCAAGCUCUGCAGAGCUAUGAAAAGGCCUUGCGCUACGCGCACAACAAUGAUGACAAGAUGCUGGAGUGCAGAGUCUGCUGCAGUCUGGGAAAUAUUUACGUCCAUCUGAAGGACUACGAGAAAGCCUUGUUCUUUCCAUGCAAAGCAGCCGAGCUUGUCAAUGACUACGGCAAAGGUUGGAGCCUUAAAUAUCGAGCCAUGAGUCAGUACCAUAUGUCAGUGGCCUACAGGAAGCUGGAGCGCUUGCCGGAUGCUAUGGAAUGCUGCGAGGAAUCUAUGAAAAUUGCUCUGCAGCACGGUGACCGUCCUCUUCAGGCUCUGUGUUUGCAGAACUUUGCAGACAUACACCGCUAUCGGCGUGACUUUGAUAAAGCAUUCCCUCGUUACGAGUCGGCAUUGGGUAUCAUGACAGAGAUUGGGAAUCGACUCGGACAAGCCCAUGUGCACCUGGCAGUGGCAAAGUGUUGGCUUCUGCUGAAGGAACAUGUUCAGGCUCUGGAUUCCUUAGAACGAGCACAGGCUUUGGCAGACGUGAUGGGAAAUAAGCUUUGCACGCUGAAGGCCCAUUGCCUUAGGGAGGGCAUCUACAGGAGCCAAGGAAGACAGGAGGAACUGCGCGAGCAAGUCGUAAAGUUCCUUCAGUGCGUGGAGGAGCUGGAGCUCUACUGCGGCAUGUGCGGCGAGUCCAUCGGGGACAGGGACCAAAAGCUGCAGGCCUUGCCCUGUUCCCACAUUUUCCACCUCAAAUGUCUGCAAACUAACGGGACAAAAGGAUGUCCCAAGUGUUUUAAGAACUCCAUGAAGCCAGGAUUUGUGUGAUUGUUCCACCGUGUUUGCACGAGUUGAUCUCCAAACACAUGGAUGCCUCACAUGCUGCUGACCGGUCUUGAGAGAAGCGGGAAGCCUCGGGGACAGAGAUGAAGAUCUUUGACUGAGGUUGAAUUCUUGGCCUUGUGCAGAGGAAUGAUGAACGGAAGCGGGAUUCUCCACCCUGUUUGGAAGUGACAAAAUAAGACAUCGGGGGUGACAUUGCCACUGGCCACAUUUUAACACAGGCUGGAAUAUUUGGCCUGUUUCCAGAGUGUAUGGAUGUCCCAAAGAAUGUGGACCGCAUACACCACAUUUAUAACUUAUCUCAUGCUAGUCUAUGCAUUAGUAAUGUACAAUAAAGAUUAAGUGCUCUUGCUGUUAUAUAGACUUAUUUGUGCAUUUUCACGUUUUUCUGUGACACUUCUGAAUUUAACAAGGAUAUGUUGUUGUACAUACAGUCACGUCAACAUUUUGAUUAAGAAAGUGUUCGUCAAGAACUAAACAAAAAUCUCAUGUCUUUACAAAGCUGUUUUCUCCUUAUUCACUGAAUUGAAGGAGCCGGAUCAACGCACAGUUCUUCAUAGGAAUUCCUUUUUCUGUCCGCAUCUUGCAUCCAUAGUGUAGGAAAAUGUGUUUGAACAGGAAAUCUGCAGGUUGUUUCGAUGUAUUUGUUUGUAAAUUGAUUAGUUAUUUAAAUAAAUAUAUUAGAGGGGAAGAAUGGUGAGCUUGAAUAGAAUUGAGAACUCUGCAUGUCAGACAUUGCAUGUUUAAUUGAAUGCCAAGCAACUACAAUGACUUGUCUAAAUCUAGUUUUGUAUUUACUUGAACAUUUAUACUAUUCAGUGAAAACCUAGGUAUUUGUUACAUUUAUUUCUUUUUAUAAACAUAUUAGAAACACCUCUCUAUACAAUGGAAACUGCUAAUUAUAACCACUGUAAUAAACACAGGGUUAAAUUAAUGCCUCAGUAUCCAAACUGUAUAUUUGUAAAGGCAGAAUAGUUGACACGGCUGUUUUUCGGCUCCGUUUUGAUUGCACUGGUGUACCUAACUUUGCGGUCAGUUAUUGUAUACCCUGUUUACUGAAAUCUGUGACAUUAAUUUGACUUAACUCAUUCAAGGGCAACCCAGUUCAAAUGUAUUGGAUGCCUAUCAUUGAAAAAAUAAACUACCUCUCAAAUCUUUCUGUUCAAAAUUGUUCGCACAGCCAGAGUAAAUGAAAUUCUGGUAUUGUAUUUACCAGUCAGAGCUGGCUCAACUGUAUAAAAAAAGAAGGUACCCAAAUUAAUGUAUGCUUGUAGUUACGUGUCUACAGUUGUAACUUUGGCUUUAUCAAUGCCACACAGUAUGCUUGCAUCAUGACUUAUCUGCCUCUAACAUUUGUAUUAUUUUGUGUUUUAAUGUGGAUGAAAGUACCCAACUGUCCAUUGUGUUGUAUCUUCUUGUUUACAAAA